AUGGUGGAAGUAUUCAAGAAAGUUGAGGUAACCAUCCCCCUCUUUGAUGCUAUCCAUCAAGUUCCUAGAUAUGCUAAAUUUCUCAAAGACUUAUGCAUACAUAAGGACAGAAUUCUUGAAUUGGAAACCAUUCCAUUGGGGAGUUCUAUUUCCGCUUUAAUGGGAACACUACCCGAGAAGUGUGAUGAUCCGGGUCCUUGUAUGGUUACUUGCACAAUCAAUGGAGUUCACUUUAAAGAUUGCAUGUGUGACCUUGGAGCAUGUGUUAGCAUCAUGCCACUAUCCGUCUACCGGUUAUUGAACUUGCCACAACUAAAAAGGUCGACGGCAAGGUUUGUCUUAACGGAUAAGAGCAUAAUAACCGUAGCGGGCGUUGCGGAAGAUGUAUUGGUGAAUAUAAAAGGGUUGAUAUUCCCCAUUGACUUCUAUGUUCUUGAAAUGCCAUCAAGCGAAACCGAGAGAGCAUCGUCUAUCCUACUUGGAAGACCAUUCUUGAGAACUUCUAGAUUUAAACUUGAUGCUUAUUCGGGGAAUUACUCAUUUGAAAUAGAUGGGAGAAUUGUAAGCUUUAGCCUAGAGGAAGCAAUGAGGCAUCCACCGGAGAACCAUUCUUUAUUCCGGUGUGACCCAAUCGACAACAUAGUGGCCGAAGUGCAUCUAGCAAAGUUAGAUGAGAAGCAUAUGGGUGAAGAGACAAAUGAAAAGUCAAGCGAACUAAACACCACACAUCAUGCAACUCAUCCGGAAACUCAAACUUCUAAGAAAAACAAAAAGAUGGAAUUGAAGCCACUACCACCUCAUUUAAGGUACUCAUACCUUGAUGAAGCCCAAGAGCUACCCGUGAUAAUUGCCCAAGAGCUAACCCCUCAACAAGAAGAGAAAUUGCUGAAUACACCGAUCGGCAUGAGCCCCUUCCGGCUUGUAUAUGGUAAAGCAUGCCACUUACCGGUGGAGAUUGAACACAAAGCAUAUUGGGCCGUAAAGGAGUGUAAUAUGAACUUGGGUGGAGCCGGCAUAGAAAGAAAGCUUCAAUUGGCGGAAUUGGAAUGCUUGAGACAAGAAGCCUACGACAAUGCUAGACUCUACAAGGAAAAAUUGAAAGCCAUCCAUGACAAAAACAUUAGGAGGAAAGAGUUCCAACCCGGUGACUUAGUGCUUCUCUACAACUCAAGGUUGAGACUACUACCCGGAAAGCUAAGAUCAAGGUGGGAUGGACCUUACCAAGUGGAGAAAGUAGAACCUUAUGGGGUCUACCACCUGCGCCACCCAACAAGCCCGGAUAUCUUCAAGGUAAACGGACACCGUCUCAAAUUGUAUCAUGGUGAGCAAAGAAAGAACUCCAAGGAGAUUGAAGUGUUCCUCUUGAGGGAUGCAACUCUUGAACAAGCACAAUGA